CUCACUGCAAGCCAUCCACCCACCUCAGCCUCCUGAGUAGGUGGGACUACAGUCCAGGCACAUGCCACCGUGCUUGACCCUAUUAUUUAAAAGUGGGUUGAUAAAUUCUUGGCGAAGCUCCACCUAGAGGGAUUAUGAGGGUUCCUAGAUGAGUAUUGUUCCCUGUUGACAGAUCUUCCCUUGUUCCUGCCUCAGCUUCCGCCGAAGAACUGACCUGGGGCAUGGAUUUUUAUCCUAUUCACUUUUUACCUUCUGGCAUAGAACUUCUUCCCACCAAACUGUCACGCUCUGCACCUCUCCUGGCCUUUGUCACAAGCUUGUGUAAGGAUUGAGAAGGUAUUCUGCGUGCUUCGUUAAAUUCUUCUUUGGAAAGGUUUAGGGUUCACCCUAUUCUUCUCAAGUGCAAUUUUCUCUGUUUCUGUCCCUACGCGAUGUUUGUAUUGUGUUGGGACUCCUUCCAGUUAUUAUUAAUUUUCAACACACAGCUACCACGAAAGUCUUGCUAUGAAGUAACUGGCAAAACUAGAGACACUGAUUGGUUUCCUCUCAAAGGCUCCGUCUGCCCACAGUAGAGGACGGGAGGCAUUCUCCAAUCUGAAAAGUCUGGAACGUUUUUGGCAACUAUUCUGCCCUGGGCAAGCAGAAGACGGUGGUUCUUUGGUACACUCCCCUUUUCACUGAGCUUCCUUUACUGAGGCUUCUCUUCAACACGCCAGGAUUCAGCAUGUGGAACAGCUUUCGAGUGGGCUGCCUAGGGGCUGAGGAGUAAAGCGGCGGCCUGGUUAUGGAGUUCCAGCGUGUGGUUACUUAGCCCGCCCAGGCUUGAAAACCAGUCAGCGUGACGAGGGCAGGUGGUGGACACGAUUGCCCAUCUCUUGCUAAUGGGUUAGGAUUAAACAGACGAGGCCCCUUCGGGCCCGCACACCGCCUGCCCCACUCAGCCCGCCUCGAUUCUGGGUUCCAUUCGCCGCGCUACAGGCCGGCAAGUCCCGGCCACUCACUUAGGGCGCCUCUGUCGGUCUCUGAUGCGAGGCGCCUGUGGAACCUCUUCCCUCACUCCUGUCUCUGCCAGGAGGUGGAGCCGAGGGGCUGGCCCCGCACCCGGCUGUGGCAGAAGGAGCCGCGAAGGCCCGACCAGGGGCGCCACGACAGCCCGGGGCCCGCCCGCGUCCCGCCCGCCCUCUAGCCGCUCGGCCCCGAAUGGCAGAUCCGCGCUCGGACCAUCGACAUCGCCUCACAUCGCCCCGCCCCGCGCCGCCCUCCCAUUGGCUGCCGCUGAGCCCUCUGGCCUGCACCUCGCCCCCCCGGCGGCCCUGGCAGCGCUGCAGCCCGGAGCGGGGUCGGAGGUGAACGGCCUGGAGUAACCCCGGACGUAAUCACCUCGUGGGGCUCGCCGGCAGAGGUGGGAGGCAGGGGCGGGGCGGGGGCGGGGCCAGCUUUCCGAAGUCCCCGCCCCCUCCCCGUGUGCGGGGCCGGCUUGGUGCUGAGCGUCUGUCAGCCAUCGCCGGAGCUACCGGCGUCUCCUCCCGCCCAGCAGUGCCUCCACGCAGGGGCUCCGGGACCGCCCGACCGCACACGCUACCACCCUGAGUUCUUUUUGGAGGUGGAUAUCUGCUCAGACAGUAAGAAUUAUAAGAGCUCUAAGAGCUCAUUUUGGAGGAAUAAUGGAUGAAUCAUCUCCCUUGGCCAAACCUCUGGAACUGAACCAGCACUCUCGAUUCAUAAUUGGUUCUGUGUCCGAAGAUAACUCAGAGGAUGAGAUCAGUAACCUGGUGAAGCUGGACCUACUGGAGGAGAAGGAGGGCUCUUUGUCACCUGCUUCUGUUGGCUCAGAUACACUCUCUGAUUUGGGGAUCUCUAGCCUACAGGAUGGCUUGGCCUUGCACAUAAGGUCCAGCAUGUCUGGCUUGCACCUAGUAAAGCAGGGCCGAGACCGAAAGAAAAUAGAUUCUCAACGAGAUUUCACUGUGGCUUCUCCAGCAGAAUUUGUUACCCGCUUUGGGGGAAAUAAAGUGAUUGAGAAGGUUCUUAUUGCUAACAACGGCAUUGCAGCAGUGAAAUGCAUGCGGUCUAUCCGUAGGUGGUCUUAUGAAAUGUUUCGAAAUGAACGUGCAAUUCGAUUUGUUGUUAUGGUCACACCUGAAGACCUUAAAGCCAAUGCAGAAUACAUUAAGAUGGCAGAUCACUAUGUGCCAGUGCCUGGAGGACCAAACAACAACAACUAUGCAAAUGUGGAGUUAAUUCUUGAUAUUGCUAAAAGGAUCCCAGUACAAGCAGUGUGGGCUGGCUGGGGUCAUGCUUCUGAGAAUCCCAAACUACCAGAACUUCUCUUGAAAAAUGGCAUUGCCUUCAUGGGUCCUCCAAGCCAGGCCAUGUGGGCUUUAGGGGAUAAGAUUGCAUCUUCCAUAGUGGCUCAAACUGCAGGUAUCCCAACUCUUCCCUGGAGUGGCAGUGGUCUUCGUGUGGACUGGCACGAAAAUGAUUUUUCAAAACGUAUCUUAAAUGUUCCCCAGGAGCUAUAUGAAAAAGGUUAUGUGAAAGAUGUGGAUGAUGGGCUACAGGCAGCUGAAGAGGUUGGAUAUCCAGUAAUGAUCAAGGCCUCAGAAGGAGGAGGAGGGAAGGGAAUUAGAAAAGUCAACAAUGCAGAUGACUUCCCUAACCUCUUCAGACAGGUUCAGGCUGAAGUUCCUGGAUCUCCUAUAUUUGUGAUGAGGUUAGCCAAACAAUCUCGUCAUCUGGAGGUGCAGAUCUUAGCAGACCAAUAUGGCAAUGCUAUCUCUUUGUUUGGUCGUGAUUGCUCUGUACAACGCAGACAUCAGAAGAUUAUUGAAGAGGCACCUGCUGCUAUUGCUACUCCAACAGUAUUUGAACACAUGGAACAGUGUGCGGUGAAACUUGCCAAAAUGGUGGGUUAUGUGAGUGCUGGGACUGUGGAAUACCUGUACAGCCAGGAUGGCAGCUUCUACUUUCUGGAAUUGAAUCCUCGGCUACAGGUGGAGCACCCUUGUACAGAGAUGGUGGCUGAUGUCAAUCUCCCUGCAGCACAGCUCCAGAUUGCCAUGGGGAUUCCUCUAUAUAGAAUCAAAGAUAUCCGUAUGAUGUACGGGGUAUCUCCCUGGGGCGAUUCUCCCAUUGAUUUUGAAGAUUCUGCACAUGUCCCUUGCCCAAGGGGCCAUGUUAUUGCUGCUCGGAUCACUAGUGAAAAUCCAGAUGAGGGUUUUAAGCCCAGCUCAGGAACAGUUCAGGAACUAAAUUUCCGCAGUAACAAGAAUGUUUGGGGAUAUUUCAGUGUUGCUGCUGCAGGGGGACUUCAUGAAUUUGCUGAUUCUCAGUUCGGUCAUUGCUUUUCCUGGGGAGAAAACAGAGAGGAGGCAAUUUCAAACAUGGUGGUGGCUUUGAAGGAGCUGUCUAUUCGGGGUGACUUUCGAACUACAGUUGAAUACCUGAUCAAAUUGUUAGAGACUGAAAGCUUUCAGAUGAACAGAAUUGAUACUGGCUGGCUGGACAGACUGAUAGCAGAAAAAGUACAGGCUGAGCGACCUGACACCAUGUUGGGGGUUGUGUGUGGGGCCCUCCAUGUGGCAGAUGUGAGCCUGCGAAAUAGCAUCUCUAACUUCCUUCACUCCUUAGAAAGGGGUCAAGUCCUUUCUGCUCAUACACUUCUGAAUACAGUAGAUGUUGAACUUAUCUAUGAGGGAGUCAAAUAUGUACUUAAGGUGACUCGACAGUCCCCCAACUCCUAUGUGGUGAUUAUGAAUGGCUCAUGUGUAGAAGUAGAUGUACAUCGACUGAGCGACGGUGGACUGCUCUUGUCCUAUGAUGGCAGCAGUUACACCACGUAUAUGAAGGAGGAAGUGGAUAGAUAUCGCAUCACGAUUGGCAAUAAAACCUGUGUGUUUGAGAAGGAAAAUGACCCAUCGGUGAUGCGCUCACCUUCUGCUGGGAAGUUAAUCCAGUACAUUGUAGAAGAUGGAGGUCAUGUGUUUGCUGGCCAGUGCUAUGCUGAGAUUGAGGUAAUGAAGAUGGUGAUGACCUUAACAGCUGUGGAGUCUGGCUGUAUCCAUUACGUCAAGCGACCUGGAGCAGCUCUUGACCCUGGCUGUGUACUAGCCAAAAUGCAGUUGGACAACCCUAGCAAGGUUCAGCAGGCUGAGCUUCACACUGGUAGUCUGCCACGGAUCCAGAGCACGGCACUCAGGGGCGAGAAACUCCAUCGAGUGUUCCAUUAUGUCCUGGAUAAUCUGGUCAAUGUAAUGAAUGGAUACUGCCUUCCAGAUCCUUUCUUUAGCUGCAAGGUAAAAGACUGGGUAGAGCGAUUGAUGAAAACCCUCAGAGAUCCUUCCCUGCCUCUCCUGGAAUUGCAAGAUAUCAUGACCAGUGUGUCUGGCCGCAUUCCCCCCAAUGUGGAGAAGUCUAUCAAGAAGGAAAUGGCUCAGUAUGCUAGCAACAUCACAUCAGUCCUCUGUCAGUUUCCCAGCCAGCAGAUUGCCAACAUCCUAGAUAGCCAUGCAGCUACAUUGAACCGGAAAUCUGAACGGGAAGUCUUCUUUAUGAAUACUCAGAGCAUUGUCCAACUGGUGCAGAGGUACCGAAGUGGCAUCCGAGGCCACAUGAAGGCUGUGGUGAUGGAUCUGCUCCGGCAGUACCUGCGAGUAGAGACACAAUUCCAGAAUGGUCACUAUGACAAAUGUGUAUUCGCCCUCCGGGAAGAGAACAAAAGUGACAUGAACACUGUACUGAACUACAUCUUCUCUCACGCUCAAGUCACCAAGAAGAAUCUUCUGGUCACAAUGCUUAUUGAUCAGUUGUGUGGCCGGGACCCUACUCUCACUGAUGAACUGCUGAAUAUUCUCACAGAGCUCACUCAACUCAGUAAGACCACCAAUGCUAAAGUAGCACUUCGAGCACGCCAGGUUCUUAUUGCCUCCCAUUUGCCAUCGUAUGAGCUUCGCCAUAACCAAGUGGAGUCUAUCUUCCUAUCAGCUAUUGAUAUGUAUGGACAUCAAUUUUGCAUUGAGAACCUGCAGAAACUCAUCCUGUCAGAAACAUCUAUUUUUGAUGUCCUACCAAACUUCUUCUAUCACAGCAACCAAGUAGUGAGGAUGGCAGCUCUGGAGGUGUAUGUUCGACGGGCUUAUAUUGCCUAUGAACUUAACAGCGUACAACACCGCCAGCUUAAGGACAACACCUGUGUGGUGGAAUUCCAGUUCAUGCUGCCCACAUCUCAUCCAAACAGAGGGAACAUCCCCACGCUAAACAGAAUGUCCUUCUCCUCCAACCUCAACCACUAUGGCAUGACCCAUGUAGCUAGUGUCAGCGACGUGCUGUUGGACAACUCAUUCACUCCACCAUGUCAGCGGAUGGGCGGAAUGGUCUCUUUUCGGACUUUCGAAGAUUUUGUCAGGAUCUUUGAUGAAGUGAUGGGCUGCUUCUCUGACUCCCCACCCCAAAGCCCCACAUUCCCUGAGGCGGGUCACACAUCUCUUUAUGAUGAAGAUAAGGUUCCCAGGGAUGAACCAAUUCACAUUCUCAAUGUGGCUAUCAAAACUGACUGUGAUAUUGAGGAUGACAGGCUGGCAGCUAUGUUCAGAGAAUUUACCCAGCAAAAUAAAGCUACCCUGGUUGACCAUGGGAUCCGGCGCCUUACUUUCCUGGUUGCACAAAAGGAUUUCAGAAAACAGGUCAACUAUGAGGUGGAUCGGCGAUUUCAUAGAGAAUUCCCUAAAUUUUUUACAUUCCGAGCAAGGGAUAAGUUUGAGGAGGAUCGCAUCUAUCGUCAUCUGGAGCCUGCUCUGGCUUUCCAGUUAGAGCUGAACCGGAUGAGAAAUUUUGACCUCACUGCCAUUCCAUGUGCUAAUCACAAGAUGCACCUGUAUCUCGGGGCAGCCAAGGUGGAAGUGGGCACAGAAGUGACAGACUACAGGUUCUUUGUUCGUGCAAUCAUCAGACAUUCUGAUCUGGUCACCAAGGAAGCUUCUUUUGAAUAUCUGCAAAAUGAAGGGGAGCGGCUGCUCCUGGAAGCCAUGGAUGAGUUGGAAGUUGCUUUUAACAAUACAAAUGUCCGCACUGACUGUAACCACAUCUUCCUCAAUUUUGUGCCCACGGUUAUCAUGGACCCAUCAAAGAUUGAAGAAUCUGUGCGGAGCAUGGUAAUGCGGUAUGGAAGUCGCCUGUGGAAAUUGCGCGUCCUCCAGGCAGAACUGAAAAUCAACAUUCGCCUGACGCCAACUGGAAAAGCAAUUCCCAUCCGCCUCUUCCUGACAAACGAGUCUGGCUAUUACUUGGAUAUCAGCCUAUACAAGGAAGUGACUGACUCCAGGACAGCACAGAUCAUGUUUCAGGCAUAUGGAGACAAACAGGGACCACUGCAUGGAAUGUUAAUCAAUACUCCUUAUGUGACGAAAGACCUGCUGCAAUCAAAGAGGUUCCAGGCGCAAUCCUUAGGGACAACAUACAUAUAUGAUAUCCCAGAGAUGUUUCGGCAGUCCCUGAUCAAACUCUGGGAGUCUAUGUCCACUCAGGCCUGCCUUCCAGCCGCUCCUCUGCCUUCUGACAUGCUGACGUACACCGAACUAGUAUUGGAUGACCAAGGUCAGCUCGUCCACAUGAACAGGCUUCCAGGAGGAAAUGAGAUUGGUAUGGUAGCUUGGAAAAUGACGCUUAAAAGUCCUGAAUAUCCAGAAGGCCGAGAUAUCAUUGUUAUUGGCAAUGACAUCACAUACCGAAUUGGAUCCUUUGGGCCUCAAGAGGAUUUGUUAUUUCUCAGAGCUUCUGAACUUGCCAGGGCAGAAGGUAUUCCACGCAUCUACGUAGCAGCCAACAGUGGAGCAAGAAUUGGACUGGCAGAAGAAAUUCGUCAUAUGUUUCAUGUGGCCUGGGUAGACCCUGAGGACCCUUACAAGGGAUACAAGUAUUUAUAUCUGACCCCUCAAGAUUAUAAGAGAGUCAGUGCUCUCAACUCUGUCCAUUGUGAACAUGUAGAGGAUGAAGGAGAAUCCAGGUACAAGAUAACAGAUAUUAUUGGGAAAGAAGAGGGAAUUGGAGCCGAGAAUCUUCGAGGUUCUGGAAUGAUUGCUGGAGAAUCCUCAUUGGCCUAUGAUGAGAUCAUUACCAUCAGCCUGGUGACGUGCCGGGCCAUUGGGAUUGGGGCUUACCUUGUCCGGCUGGGACAGAGAACCAUUCAGGUUGAGAAUUCUCACUUAAUUCUAACAGGAGCUGGAGCCCUCAACAAAGUCCUCGGGCGGGAAGUGUACACCUCCAAUAACCAGCUCGGGGGCAUCCAGAUCAUGCACAACAAUGGGGUAACCCACUGCACUGUGUGUGAUGACUUUGAAGGGGUUUUCACUGUCCUGCACUGGCUGUCUUACAUGCCCAAGAGCGUGCACAGUUCAGUUCCUCUUCUGAACUCAAAGGAUCCUAUAGACAGAAUCAUCGAGUUUGUUCCUACAAAGGCCCCAUAUGACCCUCGAUGGAUGCUAGCAGGCCGUCCUCACCCAACCCAAAAAGGUCAAUGGUUGAGUGGCUUUUUUGACUAUGGAUCUUUCUCAGAGAUUAUGCAGCCCUGGGCACAGACUGUGGUGGUUGGUAGAGCCAGGCUAGGAGGAAUACCUGUGGGAGUUGUUGCUGUAGAAACCCGAACAGUAGAACUAAGUAUUCCAGCUGAUCCAGCAAACCUGGAUUCUGAAGCCAAGAUAAUCCAGCAGGCUGGCCAGGUUUGGUUCCCAGACUCUGCAUUUAAGACGUAUCAGGCCAUCAAGGACUUCAACCGGGAAGGGCUGCCUCUGAUGGUCUUUGCCAACUGGAGAGGCUUCUCUGGUGGAAUGAAAGAUAUGUAUGAUCAAGUGCUGAAGUUUGGUGCUUACAUUGUGGACAGCUUGAGGGAGUGCUCCCAGCCUGUGCUGGUUUACAUUCCUCCCCAGGCUGAACUGCGGGGUGGCUCCUGGGUCGUGAUUGACUCCACCAUCAACCCACGGCACAUGGAGAUGUAUGCCGACCGAGAAAGCAGGGGAUCUGUUCUGGAGCCAGAAGGGACAGUAGAAAUCAAAUUCCGCAGAAAGGAUCUGGUGAAAACCAUGCGUCGGGUGGACCCAGUCUACAUCCACUUGGCUGAGCGAUUGGGCACCCCAGAGCUAAGUACAGCUGAGCGGAAGGAGUUGGAGAACAAGUUGAAGGAGCGGGAGGAAUUCCUAAUUCCCAUUUACCAUCAGGUAGCCGUGCAGUUUGCUGACUUGCAUGACACACCAGGCCGGAUGCAGGAGAAGGGUGUUAUUAACGAUAUCCUGGAUUGGAAAACAUCCCGUACCUUCUUCUACUGGAGGCUGAGGCGUCUCCUGCUAGAGGACCUGGUCAAGAAGAAAAUCCACAAUGCCAACCCUGAGCUGACUGAUGGCCAGAUUCAAGCCAUGUUAAGGCGCUGGUUUGUAGAAGUAGAAGGAACAGUGAAGGCCUAUGUGUGGGACAAUAAUAAAGAUCUGGUGGAGUGGCUGGAGAAACAGCUGACAGAGGAGGAUGGCGUUCGCUCCGUGAUAGAGGAAAACAUCAAAUGCAUCAGCAGAGACUACGUCCUCAAGCAAAUCCGCAGCUUGGUCCAGGCCAAUCCAGAGGUUGCCAUGGAUUCCAUCGUCCAUAUGACCCAACACAUAUCACCCACUCAGCGAGCAGAAGUCGUACGGAUCCUUUCCACGAUGGAUUCCCCUUCCACGUAGGAGGAGCUUCCUGCCUAUCCCUGCCCUGUCCCUGGAGAAAAGGGCUAGAGCUACUGUUUACAACUGCAACCACUGUAAUGAAAGGCACAGGAGACCCAGCACUGGAGUCAAAGUGGCAUUUUCCUUCCCCUUGAGUGUUUUAGGUUAUGCAUGACAUCCUGGGAGUAAGAUCACAGAAUCCCCUCCAGCCCACCCAUCACACCUACCCCAUUCAGUAUUUAUUACCCCGGCUGGGCCUAGUCCUUCACUCCCUGCACAGGACUGAGAAGGCAAUGAAAGGUACAGACAUGUACCAUGAGGUCUCACUACCCAAAGCAGGGCUGCACCUCCUGUCCUGACAGGCCCUUGGCCCCCCAGCAUAGGGGAGCAUGAGGAGUUGCCAGGCAGUCAGCAGCCCCUCUCACUCCUGGCCCCAUGAGCCGCAGCCACAGGUGCAGAGGAGGGCUUGGGAGAGGACAAGCCUCAAGUCCACUGUUUAUGACCUCAGCUCUCAGCCCAGCACACAGUAGGCACUGGAGAGGAAUGAUUCCCAGUUUAACUACACCACGAACCUUUUAUGAAGAAAAAUCAGCAUAAAAUCUACUGCAAGCUCCAUGGGAACUCAAAGAUGAGGGCAAAACUGUGAGCCAAGAAGCAGAGAAAGAAAAUAGACCACGUUAUUCUUAAUUUAGGGGACCUCAACCUUGGGUUCAGUCUCUGAGGACAAAGGGGAAGGUCACUGCCCUGCCUCUCGCCUGCAUAUCACUGCUGGACUAGCUGUCGCAUGUAUCUGGGAGCUGCAAGGCCAGUGGUCCCACAGACAGUGAAGCCUGAGUUGGCAGAGGAGGAACCAGAGAGAACCACCCUUUCUGCACUGGUAGAAACUAGUUACUUAUACUAUGUGGAGAGCCAGCCAGAUAGUCUGUUUUGAGGCCUUGGAAAAUUGUUCCUGUGAAGCCUGGAGCUUGGAUGGUUUUGAGAGCUUAAUGGUGCCUCAGAGUCACUCUUCCCUAGUUCCUAGUUCCCUAGGAUUACUGUCCUAGCAACUGACAUUUCUGUUCUCUUUGGGUCUGUUCUCUUUGGGUCUUGUCUCUUCCCCAGAAUGUAGACAGGCAGCAGAUGCGCAGGUCUCCCCACAGCUAUGCCCUCAGCACCAGGAGCUGGCCUUCCCGGUGAGGGAGGCUUCCAGAAACCCAGAAUCCACAUGUCCUUAAGAUUCUUUACAACUCAGUCAUGGUGCUGCUGUUCUCCAGGCUUACUGGCCCCUCCUGACCAGCAUCAGGGGCCUCCCUCGGGUGGUAGAGUUUACUUUCGACUCCUAGUUUAUUCAAGAAAACAACUUCCUGAUUCCCCUGUUCCUAAAGCAGGAGUGGCAGGUAACCAGGCUGGGCAGCACCCUGCCACUAAUUGCAUUUUUCACUGACGACUGAGGAGGAUAAGGUGUCGGAGAAGCAGUGGUAUGAACGCUCUUGGACAAGCUACAGUUCUGAGCCUUAACCCUGUAGUUUACACACGAGCGAGCUCCAUGUCCCCUUCUUCAGGAGGAAGUUGUGCAGAUGGGCUUGUCAAUGGCUCUGGGUUGCAGACGGGCCCCAUAUGGCUGGGUGUGGAGCAGACAGCCCCCCAGAGUCAGAGCCUCAGCCUGGCUGCCCUGGUGGGAGGUGCAGGUGUUCAGCACCUUCAGAAAAGGGCAUGGAGUAGUGGGGGACAAUUUUCAGUUCAGGAAAAUGCAUUGACCAUUGUUGGUCAUUUGCUUACCUAGUAAGAAUUGGAUGCAUUUUUCACCAGAUUAUUCUAUACUUUUUUGCAAUAAAUCAAAUCCCACAUACCUGCAAGUGGUAUGAAGUCCCACAUCCCUGAGGAGGCCAGUCCAGGCAUUGCUUCAGAGGCAGGGUGGGUUACCCUCAUUUACCUCCCUCUCCCCGCCAAAUUAUGACACAAACGAGUAUGCUUCCUCUCUAGAAUCCUGUAAUGCCUCCUCCCCCAUCCCCAGAACUGUAGGUCUUACCCUAGACGAGGAAUUUUCAAGUUGGAGCCACAGAACAUGAGCAGUCUGACAUUCCCACAGCCCCUCAACACGCGCAAGGCUACUGAGGCAGGAGUAUAAAUGGAUAUUGACCAAGACCUGCUUGAAUGGAGACUGCCAUAUUAUCUGUUCUCUUCGUUCACAAAACAGCCUUCACUUGUCUCAGAAUUCGAUGGACACAUACCGUGAUGAGCAGGAGCUUCAGGCGCACUCUUUACACAUUUUGUUGAAAUAAACCUCUACAUUUGU